UUGAUAUAUAAGAUAUAUAUUUUAUUGGUUAUAAAAGUUCUAUUUGUAUUUUGUCUGACAGAUAUUUCAUAUCCCAAUUUUCUAUUUGUUGAAUUAACAAAAAAAUAUUGUGAUAUGGGUGCAAUUUUCUCAGGUAUAUUUAUUAGUUCGAUAAUAUUAACUCUAUUUUUGCUGCGUAAUAUGGGUACGUCAGUGAUGCCAUAUAUUUUUUUAAUAUCCUUUAGUUUGGCCCUACUGUUGAAAGACAACAAACACUUUUAUGUGAUACAGAAAAGGCUUAUAUCUAACAACCCCUAUUUUUUAUUAUAUAUUUAUUUACCAACUAUUUAUUUUAAAAGGAUUUUGUAUAUGCCACUUCAAGGAGUGAAAGUAUGUUUUGUGCACUCUUUCAUUCUCACAGCAACUAAUGUUUUUUUUGAUGGAGUCGCAAUUUUCAUUUGGUGGACUUUACAGGAAUUUUCUAAUCUUACUUUGGAAUCUGCAAGUAUUCUAACUUUAAUUUUGGUGAAAAAUCCAGUCAAUAUUAUGGUCGAAGCAAAUGUGGGAGCUCAACGAGGAAUGUUAACAAACACAUUAGAAUUCGAAGUACUCAUAAGUACUAUAAAAGGAUUUGCCACUCUACAUAUAUUGAAGUACGCAAAUCAGACAUGGGAGGAAAUCCUACUUGACCUUUUUAAGGAUGUUUGUUUUUCUCUUAUAGCCGGCUAUUUGUUGGCGAAAUUUAUAAUAAUUAUAUACAAAAUUUCCAAUCGUGAAUUAAUUUGUGUCAUGAUGACAAACUUUGCCAUGCCUUUGAUUAUACAAUAUUUUAACGAAAUAGCAUACUUAAAUGGAACAAUUGUGUUUUUGGUCAUAGGAUUUUUACUAAACAGACAAAGAAGAACUUUCUCCAGCGAGUUGACCGAAGCACACGAUUAUUUAUUUUGCAUGAUAGAUUUCAUUUGUUGUGUAUACAUAAUAAUGGUGAUUGGAAUGACGUUGCCAAUGUAUUACAGAAUAACUCAUUACUCACUGCACCCAAUUACUCUCAAGAACGUCUUAUUGUCCUUCCUCGUUUACCCCCUUUUGACUAUCAGCCGAUAUGUCAGUGUAUUUUUUUGCUGGCCCCUUCUAUAUUUUUUAGGCUAUAAAUAUACAUGGAGAGAUAUGAUAGUAGUUGGAUGGUCUAGCAUGUCAGACCUACUUCAAAUGGCACUUUUGCUAAUUGUUUCUGAUGAAUCCUGGUCCUGUAAAUUGGGAAGUAGUAGAAAAAUGGAUAGAAUUUAAUAGCUCACCAAAAAAAAAAGAUGCUGUGAAUGACGAGGAAGGUAACACGGCAAAGCCUAAGUCCACGUACAGUUAUGAACUUCUACUGAGAUAUUCAAGAUUACGAGUUCUAAAUGCUCUGGAAAUGUCAUACCGUCAACAAUACGAAAAAGGAUUGUGUACUCCGCCAGUUUUUAUUACACUACAGAAUUUCGUCAACAAUACAAGAAACAUGUCAAAAUCUCAAAUGAUAAAAGUCGAAAAUAUCCUUAAUCUUUUUGAAAAAAAGCAUAUUAUCAGAAGAUUGUUAUUACAUCUAUUCGAUUUACUUGAUAUGGAUAGAAAAUUACGUAAGCCAAAAAAUCUUUGGAGAGCCUUUUUUUACACAGUCAAGAGAUCAUGUACAUUUAAAUUUAUUUGCAUGGUUGUGGACAUUUAUUUAUUUCUUUAUCUUAUAUUUAGAGUCUCUCAUUUUUUUGAGAUUUUACUAACAUCAAUUAUUCUUGGAACGAUUGAUAUUUUCUUAAGUUUUACGGCUUCAAGUAGACACGGGUAUAUGGAUGCGAUAAAAAGGAACCUUAUGUCAUUUACACUGUAUAACAUUAUUGUUUGGAUCAUAUCUAUAUUAAAACUGACAUUGGAUAUAUGCAACAAUAGAAUUCUUUCUACUUUUCUUAGAAUAUUGUUAUUAAUAAUUAUAAUUAUUAGACUUUGUGGAAAUACUUUUAGAAUUGUGUUCGCAAGUUUUCCUAAAUUUGAAGAUUUUGUACGAUAUAAAAUACAUGACAACUUAAUGUACCUCUACAUACUGGGACAGACUUACAUUAAAGGAAAUGAUGAUGCAAUACGUUCUGUUGAAAAUUUUCUUGUUAAAGAUGCUAGAAUCGAAAGAUCACUAAUUAAAACUUUAAAUAGAUAUAAACAAGAAGUUAUGGAAAAAAUGGCCUUAUUAGUCAAACAUCAUCCUUGGGUCUUAGUAACAGUGAAAACUAAAUAUGCUAUGUAUAGAACGUUGCAAAACACGAAGAGAAAUAUUGAUGAAAUGAAGGAUACUGGAAGAGUUGAUGAAUCGGAAUAUUUAAAAUUAAUGAAUUCGUAUGAAGAUCAACUGCUGUUCUUAAAUAAAUUUGAGAAACGAAUUUAUCCACAAACGGCGGAAGAAAUAUUUAGUAAAGUGCCUUGGAUAAACAUUUUGGAUUCUAAUACUAAAAAUUAUUUAUUGAAAAAUGUUGAGACUCAAUUCUAUCUACCACUGGAUGUUAUAUACUCUGAAGGAGAUAAGCCCAUUGGAGUUUACAUUAUUGCUUUAGGUAAUGCUCGAGUUACAUAUACUCCCAACUCAGAAGUUUUAGAAGCUUUAAAUGUACAUGGAGAGUUACCAGUUGUAGAAUUAACACCAAAUAUGAAUUUCAAAAUGAAUUCCGAGCACGUUAUUAUGAAAGAUUUUUCGUUUGGGGAGAUGGGUGUUCUAACUGGGCGACAUUAUAACUCAAGAGUAAUGGUAGAAACUCCGUGUAUGUGCUAUCUCUUACCUUUAGGAUGUUUUCAUACAAUUUUUGAGAACAAUUCGAGUCCCUAUAAUAACAUGGAAGCUGCUAUGUGGAAACAUGCGACAACUAUGAUUGCUUAUCAAUUACUAAUGGAGAGUCGAGCAUUUACAUCAACUAAAGAAGAAAUAUUUGAAUUAGUUGAUAGAGCUUUUAUUCCCAAUUUAAAAGAUUACAAAAUUUUUGUAGUGCAUAGUGAUAUAGAAGAACUUUUGUUAAUUGAAGGGAUAAUAUUAGAUAUCCCACGGAAUAAAAUGUAUAUCGCUCCUUGUUGCAUUCCUAGAAAUGUAGAAAAAAUUGCUUUAUCCAAAAGUCAUCUUUUGAGGCAUGUUUCUAAUAUUUUCACCAAAAUGAUGAUUAUACCUGCUAGAGAUAUAAAACAAGCAGAUCUUAUGAAAUCUGAAGAACGGAUUUCAGAAAUUUGGAGUAGAACUUCUGGAAGAUAUUUAUAUCAAAGUUUAACCAAUAUUAUUGAGUCACCACAGGAAGAUAUAGACAUAAAUGAUUUAGAAGUACAAGUAAAAGAAGAUGUUGACGAAUACAAUUUGCCUGGUACCAAACGUACACCUUGGAAACUUAGAAAGAGUAAAUAUUAUAGAGAUAUGAGACUUUCCAAGAUUCAGGGAAAAUAUAAAUAUGAGGAAAAUUAGACAGACAUUAUUUUACAAAGCUUGAAUAAAAGUGAAUAAAUUUUAAAAAUAAAUUAUCUUGUUUAAAAAUUAAUUUUCAAUACACAUUCAAAUGGUAAUUCAAGUCAUGUUAUUAUUUUACUUUAUAAAGUAAAAUAUAAUAAAUGAGCUUACCAAUAAAUUAAGAAUGUAAUUACCAGAAGAAUAAGAAUAAUACAUUGUUUUUAGAAACACCACGGGAAUAUAAGCUGUAAUGUAAAAUAUUUUAAUUAAUGAGUGUAAUCAUCAAAUUAGAAGAAAGAAUAAACUAAAAAA